AUGGAAAGCUUACCAUCGCUACCAGCUUUGCUGGCCGGUCUGUCAGUCUGGCGACUCCUCUUGCUUUUGUUCGCACAGGUAGUCACAUUUGUUGUAGCCGGAGCGAUAUAUCGUCUCUACCUUCACCCACUCGCCAAAUACAAAGGCCCGAAGCUCUUCGCCCUCACCAAUCUCGUACAGAUCAGACUAGUCGUUCGUGGAGAAUGGGUUCAUCGGGUGCUGGAGCUGCACAAGCAGUAUGGCCCAAUUGUACGCGUUGCACCAAAUGAGAUCUCGUACGUCAAUGAGGACGCGUGGAACGACAUCUACAAAUCAGCUAGGGGAGAGGAACAGCUCAAGAAAGCCAUGCCAGUUCUGAGGUCACCAGGUGUGUUCGGCCAACCAGACGAUGCUGUCCACCAGAUGAAGCGCAAAAAGCUGUCUCCGCUUAUGAGCGACCGAGGCGUCAACCAGAGGGAAGAUGUGAUGCUGUCGAAUAUUGCAUUCUUCGUCAAACGACUCAAAGAACAGCCAGACUCUGCCUUCGAUCUAACACCAUGGUACCAGGCUGUCACAUCCGAUAUCAUCGGCCAUUUCAUGAGCAAGGAGAGUUUCGGCGCCGUUGCAAAGGGUGAAGCAAUCCCAGAGCAGCCUGAGAAUCACAAACAGCUGGCCGGACUUGCGAUCGGCACAGCAUUCAGCAAGAACUUCUUUCUUCGCAACUUCCUCGUCAAAAGAAAGGCUAUGCCGGAGUACGCAGUGUUUGAGCAGAAGGCGAAGAAACGAUGGGACAAGCUGAUAGAAGACAAGGGGCGAAUUGGUGAUGGGACCGAUGCCUUCGGGUACCUCACGAUGGACAUGAAUACAGAAAAGGGCCUCACCUCGGAUCGCGCCUUCAGAGUCUUUUCCGACUUUGUACUCGCCGGAACUGAUACGGUUGCCAUUUCACUGCUUGGACUGACCUAUCUUCUGCUCCGAAACCCACGGGAACUCAAAAUCUUGCAAGAAGAGGUGCGAUCAACUUUCAAUAGUGCCGAUGAUAUCACCCUGGCAAGAGUCAAUGCGCUUAAGUAUCAGAACGCUUGCAUCUCCGAAGGGCUGCGAUUGUGGCCAGCUGGACCGGAGACUACCCGCCGCACUGUGAACAAGGGCGGUAAAGUCAUAGCAGGUGAGCACGUCCCUGCUGGUACCCAUGUCGGGGUUUACCACUGGGUGGCAGGUCGAUAUCCAGGCGCGUGGAAGGACGCCGAGUCGUUCGUUCCCGAGCGCUGGCUGCCAGGUGGAGCUGAUCACAAAGACGACCUGAAGGGAGUCAUACAGCCAUUCAAUGUUGGCCCCAGAAAUUGUGUUGGACAGCAAUUGGCCAACGCUCAGUUGAGAUUAAUCUUGGCCAACAUGAUUUGGUAUUUCGAUAUGGCAUUGGACAAUCCUAACGAGGCGGACUGGAUGGACGUCAAGAUCUUUGGUCUUGUUGCCGUCAAGAAGCCGUUAAUGGUGAAGUUGACCAGUAUUCGAUAG